AUGAUUUCAUCAAUACCAUCACCAAAACGUCACUUGUUUCAGGUUAAUCGACAUGUACGAGCUUCUAUAAUGCUUUUAUCAAUCAUGGAUGGUGCCGAACUUGAUCUUAACAAUACAAUUCUUUCAUCAUCUUCAAAACCAACAACAGCAACAACAACAUCAUCAUCAAUAUCAACUUCUGAUGAUUAUGAAAAAGAUCUUCAAUUAGCUGCUGAACUUGGCAGAUGUUUACUUGAACGAAAUCAAGAAUUACAAAAUUAUAUAGAUAUUUUACAAAAACAAAUUGAUGAUGAACAAUGUAGUAUAAAAUUAUUACAUGCUAAACUUGAAUCAACUCGUGAACAACUUGAUACUAAAUGUAAACAAACAGAAAUAUUGGAUGCAGCUAAUUUCGAUUUAGAACGAGAACUUGCUCGACAACGUCGAGACAAUGAAAUAAAUCGACAACGUAUUCAAGAGUUAUCUGAUUUAUGUGAAAAAAUACCAUUAGUUUUUAAAACACAUCUUACGGAACUAAAAUCACGUAUUAAUUCAUUAACAACAGAAUGUUCAGGAUUAAAUGAAAAACUUGAUAAGUCUAGACAAGAAAAACGUUAUUUAAUUGGCCGUAUAACACUACUCGAACGACAACGUCGUGAUGAUAAUGAUUCAUUACAAAAUGAAUUAAAUCAUUAUAAAAAACUAUUAGAAAAAUAUACGAAUGAUAAUUCAAAUAUAAUUUUAUCAAAUAUAUAUUCACCACCUGAACAUGAAGUAUCAUUAUAUGAUGAAGUUUUAUUAGAAAAUAAACAGUCAAUGAAUAAACCAUCUUAUGAACCGACAAAUUAUAAAGAUUUAUUUGCAAAUGUUUAUGAAAAAUUAAAGAUAAGUAAUAAUAAUAAUAAUAAUGAUGCAUGA